CGCGCAGUUGCUGCCUGGACUGGGACGCGCGGCUCUUAUGCCUUCUUGAACAUCCGGGCUUUCUAAAAUCUAGGCGUCACUGUAUCUAGGGCUGUAGUCUCAUGUCGACGGAUUCACUCAUUGUGCCGACCCUCAUACCGAGCGGGACUCUCCAGUUCGCCACUAUAUCAUCUGAUGGAACUGUGCAAGACGUGAUAGACGCGCUUAAGGAUUUAGAAGAAGUACGGGCAGAGGUCCUGGGUGACCUCCAAGAUGAAGGCUGGGCAAUGCAGAGGGUGCGAAAGGAGGCGAAUGGGCGAGCAUGGGAGGAAGAGGAGCUGGACGCUCUCGGAGAUGGCAUUGUGGAUGCCUCCGAGCAGGUUGCUCCCCUGGUCUCCAAGACACCCCAGAGCCCUACCGGCCAGCGUCAUUUCUCCGCUUUCCCUCUAACGUCUCAUCUGCAUGCCCCAGGUUUGAAGCUUGUAUCACUGAAUCCUCUCCUUUCACUGUCGGUGUCUUUCUUGCGAGUACCCGAGAUAUAUGAUGGCUUCCAAUGGAAAGUCUUCAUCGCGCGAACUACCACCAUCCAGGACAUUAUGGGAGCGGUGAUUGAAGAGCUCGGCUUAACUAAGGCUUUACCUGUACCCGGCGCUGGAAAUAUUGACUAUGUCUUCGAGGAAGUGUGGUCCGACGGUCAAGCCGAGAGAUAUUCGAGGGUUCCUGCUUCAUACCUUGUGCUGAGUCUGGUCCAAGCACCUCUUACUCCAAAUCCCCUAUCUAGCUCAGCAGUUCGGAGCUUCCGAUUCUGCGUACCGGAUGAAUGGUACCGAAGGUCAAAUGCCCGUUCAGUGUCUUCAUCGUCGUUCACUCCCUCCCAAGCCACAAUCAGACGAUUGGCGGACUUGGAGGAAUCCGAGGAGGAGGACUGUGAAGAGGGCGACGGUACAUUGAAGCAGGAGGACAGACCUGAGUCUCCUGUUCCUGCUUUCUCACCGACAGGAACCCAAGGCUCCGGUGACUGGAGGAGCACUAUAUCGCAGAACCGUCUUUCUAGUUUAUUCGACAGCUGGUAUAGCACUUCGCCGUCGUCCAGCGUUUCUUCACUACCUGACAAGCGGAAGAGUGUCAGCGAGCCAAAGCUAGUUGAGCACAAGAGCGGCAAUGGAAUCAUCAGCAAAAUCGUUGCGGAACCAGAACCUGAAGAGGAUGAAGGUGAACCUGAUCCUACCGAAUUCGAGCUAAUGCUGGACGAAUUGGGUCUGAAGGGAGCAAAGCGCGCCGAAAUGUAUAAGUUGCCGGCCGAACGUAAGCGGUAUCUCAUACAGCAGAACAAAGCGUUCCGCGCCGCCACGCUCUCUAAGGCUGCGUCGAAGUCUCAGGCACGGCAGCUCGCCGAUGCCUCAUACUCAGCGUCGUACGGGCCUGCAAGCGGUGCCGGCCUGCUGCCUCGCCUCGUCCCUCAAUUGACAGGAGACUCCGGCAUAAUGAAACGCUUCUCGAUGGUGGGCUGGGGUACCGGUGGUUCUGCUCCUUCGGAAGCGCAGGAGGCUCAGAAGUCGAGUGAGAGAGCCUCUAACACUAAAUCGCUCAGGAUAUCUGAAGAUCCCCUACCGUUGAAACCUCAGAGCACUGGUGGACUAUGGUCGAGCUGGUGGGCGUCAUCGGGCGGAGACGCCUCUAGCGGUAACGCGAAGGGUCAGAAUGCUAAGACACCGCGGUGGUAUGUGGAGAUGGUUCAGUCUUCUAAAGUAACAGACAUGAAACUCGUCAAACACUUGAUAUCGCUCCGGGUGCACUUGUCGACUGCUCAAUUAGACUGGAUUGAGGAGUUUGUCAACGAUGAACAAGGCAUUGACGUCCUGGGAAACUUGCUGUCUGGCCUCGUUGGUAAAGGCGGCAAGCGGAAGAAGCUCUCUGAUGUCGAGGCUACCGUCCUUUUGGAGCUGGUGAAAUGCUUGCGGGUACUCUUGAAUACUGAGCCCGGGUUCAGCCGCGUACUAUCGUCCCCGACUAUCAUUACGCAUAUCGCCUACUCCCUCCAUGAUUCAUCGUAUAAACUACGGACACUGGCGUCCGAAGUCCUCGCCGCUAUAUGUGUCCUUAACCUGAGUGAAGGUCAUAGAGCAGUGCUCGCCGCCAUGUCAGACUACCGAGUUGCAUUCGACGAGGCCUUCCGAUUCGAGGAACUUAUUGCGUCUUUACGGUUGCCUGAUAGUGAACUUGAUGGGGAAGCAGCAGCUUCGUCAGAUCCAGGUGGUGAUGAUGAAGGUAUAUGGGAUGCUCGUGUGGCUUCUAUGUCCCUGGUCAACGCUCUCACCAAUUGUCCCGAUUCAUUGGAGGAACGCAUUCUACUGCGAGACGAGUUUACUCGACGAGGUUUGAACGAGGCCAUCGUGGCACUCCGAUAUGUUAGUCCGCCCGAUCCUUUACUGACGCAACUCGACGUCUAUACAGAGGAGAAAUUCGAAGAUGAGGAAGACAUGCGCGAACGAGCUCGCAAGCUGAUGCGGGAUGGCUCCGGACACCAAAGAGAGUCUUCCGAAGGGACACUUAUUCUAGAUGAAUUGAUCCAGGCUGCGAAGUAUCAGCAUGACCUAUAUCCCACUGUCAUAAAGACCUUGAAGUUGUAUUGCAUGGUCUUGCAGAGAGAUAUCGAUACGGGAUUCAAAUCCGAGUUGGUCGCCAUCGUCGACGGUUUCCUGGAGCAAAUGCUUGAAAUGGAUAAUCUUACUGAAGGGUUACAGAUGGCCAUGAAGCGGUUCCUGGCUUCGAUUGAACACCUAACAGGAGAACAACUUGACGUCUUAUCCUCGUCUGGAUUGGGUUCGGUAGAGGAGGUAGAAGCCCUGCGUCGCAGAGUCGAGGAAUUGAUCCAGGAGCGUACAGCUCUGCACGAUCAGUUGGACGAACAGACUGCAGAGCUCAAUACCUUAAAGGCGCUUCCCCUUAGCAUUCCAGUUCCUCAACCCAAGAGCCUAGGUAAAGGCGGGCAAGAGUCUCAGAAUUUCCAUGGCCUAGUUCAGCGUCUGAUUCAGAAAGAGAAGCAAGUUCUCCAGCUGCAAGGUGAACUGCAGCGUCUUAAGGCUCAGAAUCCUAACGAUGGCAGAGAAGCGGAGGACCGUGCGAGACGUGACAGGGCGAAAUGGAACGCACUCAGCGAUGAGAUAGCCAAACUCAAGAUUAAGAACGAGGAGCUUGAGAGCGGCUGGACCUCGAAAGAUAAGGAGGUGAUUUAUUUGAAACGAGCCCUCGAGUCCGUGUACUCUCGUUUUCGAAGAGAGGAAAAUCGAGAGUCGGAUGUAGACCCACAGGUCAUCGCGACCCGAGCAAUCGAGAGUCUAGCUCAGAAAGACGAAGAAAUCGCCUCCCUUCGUUCCCAAAUUUCUGCACUUGAGUUGCAAUUAGCUUCCAAGCCAAAGUUCAUUACGGAGAAAGACUACAAAUCUCAGGUUGCUCCACCCCCACCACCACCUCCACCAGUGAGGCCUAAGCCCUCCCGUGCGAAUUCGGUCAUGUCACCUCCAUCGACCCCUGGACCUUCGGUGCCUCCUCCUCCUCCUCCUCCUCCACCACCACCACCUCCUCCGCCCCCUCCGGCUCCGGUUGUGCAUUCAGUUACAGAGGCUACAAAGUCUCCCCAUGGGGCUCCGCCGCCGCCACCACCACCACCACCUCCCCCUCCUCCGCCAUUUCAGUCCCAUGGAACAGCUCCUCCUCCGCCUCCACCUCUAACAGCGCCACCCGGUCCUGGUGGCCCUCCGCCCCCGCCCCCGCCUCCGGGGUUUAGGAGCUUCUCCAAGCCUGUAUUGAACAAAUCGUCGAAGCGCCUCAAGCCCUUCUUCUGGAACAAGCUACCCGAUCCUGCCUUGAGUUCAACUGUUUGGAAUGAAGUGGGAGCGACUACGAUGUUCAAGAUGGAUGAUCUUGAAGCGACCUUCGCCAUCGAUAAUUCCCAGUCGACAUCCUCGCAACUGGUUGCAAGUCCUACCAGGAAGCAAGCUGUUACCACGCUCUUAGAUAUCACCCGGGCCAACAAUAUAGCCAUCAUGUUAUCUCGUAUUAAGCUCGGAUAUCCUGAUAUUCGGAAAGCCCUGCUGGAUGUAGACGACUUCAAGUUGUCAGUUGAUGACCUGAAAGCCAUCAGUAAACAAUUACCUACAGCAGAGGAGAUGAGCCGGAUCAAAGACUUCGGGGACGUGAGCAAGCUAGCAAAAGCUGAUCAGUAUUUCAACGAAAUCAUGACGAUUCCACGACUUUCUGAACGAAUAGAAUGCAUGCUGUAUCGACGAAAGCUUGAACUGGACAUUGAAGAAGUCCGACCCGAGCUGGAUAUUCUGCGCAACGCAUCUCAGCAGCUUAGGUCAUCGAAGAGGUUCAAGCAAGUACUUCAGGCUAUUUUGACCGUUGGUAACGCUUUGAAUGGAUCGACAUUCCGAGGAGGCGCUCGUGGAUUCCAGCUGGAAGCUCUUCUGAAGCUGAAGGAAACGAGGACUGUCAAAGGAGGGCCCGAGUGUCCUACACUCUUACACUACGUCGCGAAGGUACUCUUGCGCACAGAUCCGUCAUUGGUGACGUUCGCCGAUGAACUGCCCCAUCUUGAAGCAGCAGCACGAGUGUCCGUGCAGACUGUCGUCACGUCUGUGAACAGUCUUACUUCGGGCCUCGGCCGUGUACAGCAGGAGGUCCGAAACUUACAGCAAGCAACGACGCCUCCCGGUGAUAGGUUUAUCGUUGUCAUGCAGCCAUUCAUAUCACAAGUCACACCAAGUGUGAAUGCUCUGAAAAGCAUGGUGAAUGUAGUUGAGAGAGAACUCCGAUCACUCCUUCUCUACUAUGGAGAAAAUCCCGAUUCCUCCGACGCGCCAAAGUAUGAGGACUUCUUCGCACUGGUCGUAACUUUCUCGUCGAAUUUGCAGAAAGCAGCCUUGGAGGUUCAUGAUGCUGCGCCGAAACUUGCGCCGACUGCGUCUUCCGUGUCGGUCUUCGAGGAAGAGUCGGACAAGACACCAGAAUCAACCAUCAAGGGAAGCCAGGACGGACAAACGUUGAGGCCACCUCCGGAUUCUCAAGGUCGUGUCGGAGGUCUCUCAGUUGGUCGCGGAGACCUCGACCAGGCUAUACGAAGCAUGCGGACUGGGAAGAGACGAGCACGUCCCAACAGGGAGCGUCCCCUGAGCAAGAUAUUCUUGGACGGUUCAAGGCAAAGUCGUAUAUUCGAAUGA